GGAUCGCAAAGGUAGUACGGACACCAGUGAUCAAGUCAACAGUUCUAAGUCGGUAAGCUGCAGCCAUGAACGAAUUGUUCUUUCUCGGACUGUCGGUAUGUUUGAUGACCAUAUGCUCUGCCCAUAUGUGUCUCUUGAACCCUCGACAACGAGGCUCCCUGUCCGGGUACAACAAACCCGCGGCAGCCGACUGUUACCUGACAACGGAUGAAUGUGGCGGGAGAAUGAGGAACCCAAACAACAUGGCGGUUUUCCAGCGCGGCAUGAACUACACGGUUGUCCUGCAAAAGAAUUUAGAUCACCACAACAGCACCAACCCCGGUUCCUUCGACAUAUCCCUUCACCACAAGACCGAUAUCUCCUUUUACACAAGAUUCUUGACUUCCAUCCCGGACACUGAAGAACCCUCCCUGACUUUAUACAUGACAGACAUCCACAUCCCUCACGAUCUGCAGCUAAGUGAGAGUCCCAACUAUAUUCUGGAGGUCGCCUACACUACCAAUACCAUCCCGAUCGUCUUCCGGCAGUGCGCAGACAUCGUAGUCAUCAUGUGAUUACCUCGUCAUUGACGUUUUGGUUAAAAGAGGAUUUCAUCGUCUUCCGACAUUAUAAUGGAACUUUUGUUAUUAAUCCCGUCGUUUUCAAUGCAAUUCUCAUUGAUUGUUACCAUGUUUUUGUGAAAGUGAUAAAGCUAUUAUGGACAACAAAAGGUUUCAGAAAAAAGUGCUGGCUUUAAUGACUUUUUAGCUGACUGGAUUACACGGAUAUCGUUACACCGGAUUCUGUAAUGAAGGGCAGUGCACAUAUAACAUUUUAAUGUUAAACCAGAGGUUUUACGUGGUGAUCAUGACAUAUUUAAUAUAUAACGUGAAUAGCGGGUUGAUACUAAAGGUGAUGUUAAUAUAACAAUAUAACAAUAUAAGAAUAAAUUUAUUUCAGCU